ACGGCGCAUUUGCAGUUCUCGAUGCCGUGACCCCGUCACUACCGUCGUCGGCGUCGGUGUCUAUCGACUAUCCGCGCACACCUCAUCGCAUCCGCCCGUAGCCGUCGUGCGCCACGUAAUUUUCCAGUUUGACGCACCGCCGUCGUGUGUGUGUCGACGAUGGAGAUACAGCGGCAGUGCAAAGCAACCCCGGCUAUCGGCGAUGCCUCGAAGAACCAAACUCCGCCGACGCUUCUGUCGAGUCUAAGGAGUGUGCUCUUCGUUAUCGGAACUGUGGUAAUCGGAUUUGCUGCCUUCUGCAAUUCUCUGACAUGGCAUUUGCAGAGAUUCUGGGGCGCAUCCGGCGACUUCUGGCAAGCCCAGUGGGACAAAAUUUUAGAUAAGUUUGGAGAUGAUGCUGUUACGCUGUGGGUUUACGGAUCUUUAUCGCUGACGAUCGUCGUCUACUGGGUCGUCGGCGGGAUUUACACCAUCCUAGACAUCACCAAUCGGCCGUCGGCACUGCGCAGAUACAAAAUACAGCCCGGCACGAAUGAGCCAGUGGACAGGAAGGAGUUAUGCAAAGUGAUCGCUCAAGUACUAUUCAAUCAGAUCGUCGUCGGCUUUCCCAUUAUGUAUCUCGGCUAUUACUUCAUGGAAUGGCGAGGCUACUCACCGGUGCGCGAGCUGCCGACCUUCCACUGGGUGCUCGCCGAGAUCGCGAUUCACAUACUAUGCGAGGAGAUUGGCUUUUAUUACUCACACAGAUUUCUCCACAAACGCUCCAUAUACAAGUAUAUACAUAAACAGCAUCACGAAUGGACCGCGCCGGUGGCCGUCACCGCGUUGUACUGUCAUCCUGUGGAGCAUAUCGGUUCAAAUCUACUCCCGCCUUUCCUGGGCGUAUUCAUCAUGGGCUCGCACGUGGCCACCGCCUGGAUUUGGUUCUCACUCGCGAUCCUUUCGACGUUGAACGCACACUCUGGCUAUCUACCAUUCUUCCCAUCGCCGGAGGCGCACGACUUUCAUCAUUUGAAAUUCAACCAGUGCUACGGUGUACUCGGCGUUUUGGAUCGCAUCCACGGCACCGACACACAAUUCCGCAACUCGCGGAAUUACGCACGUCACAUAAUGAUGCUUAGCCUCGUGCCGCCCAGAGAGGCAUUCCCGGACGAGGUGAAAUACAAGUCGAAGUAAAGGGAUCCUGUACGAAAGUUUUCGAAAUCAUUUCUAAAGAGAGAAACUUUUCGCGCUGGGUGUAUUUCCGCAACUGCGGCGACCGAGUUCGGAAACAGAUCGUGACUAUAAUUGCUUUUAUCCUGAUGGAGAUAAGAUCGGUAAGCUUCUUCAAUAAAAUCAAGUAAAUUUCCA